AUGGAGGCCAGCGAGGCCACGGCGGCGUCCCCGCGCACCCCUAGAUGCUCGCGCUGCCGCAACCACGGCUUCGUGGUGCCCGUCAAGGGCCACGCCGGGCACUGUCGCUGGAAGUUCUGCCUCUGCGACAAGUGUGCCCUCAUCUCCGAGCGCCAGAAGAUCAUGGCGGCGCAGAAGGCCCUGCGGCGGCAGGUGCCCGACCCCCCGAGUCCUGCUGUCCCGGGGGAGGGCGCAGCGGUGCCCACGGGCCUCGAGCAGGGCAGCCACGAGGCCAUGAAGGGCAACAGCAAAGCCACGGCGUACAGGGCGCCGCCGCCGGCUCCCGGCGGCCCUCCCUUCUGGGACUAUGCUCACCCUGCUUUUCCUCCAGAAUACAUGGUCAACUCAGAAUACCUGGAAAGAGAACCUCCGAAAGUGUACCCUGGAUGUUCUGGGAUAUAUCCUUACAACGCAUAUCCCAUGGGAUUUGCCAUCAAUCAGUCAGGCUGUAGGGGAGCACCAUCACCUCCAGGGAUAUCAUAUCAAAGAAGUUUCCGACGCAUUCCUAGCAACUAUGGGCCAGGGAAUGCAGCUUCUGUGUCAAUUCCAGAGGGAGGUGGAGAUUUCCAUCAAGCAUACUACACUUCUGUGCCUCAGUUCAUCCCACCAAGUUUUCUGCCAGGAAUUCAUUACCUUCCACCGCCCCUUUCACUGAAUGUGUUGGCUGAAACAACCAAGGAAGCACCUGCUGCUGAAGCUGAUGGUCAGGAAUCAGAGUUGGAUCGUGAACCUGGCCAGCCAUCUUCAUCCGCAGAAGAAACAAAUGGAGACCAAUCUUUAUAUUCUAAACAGUAAAUGUGCUGGAGAAGAGUUGGGUAGCAGGCAAACCUGUUUUCGUUACUGAGGAGAUUGUUAAUUCAUAUGGGGGUAGAGUGAAACUGAGCAGCCACAACAAACAGUAGAAGGGAAUUAGUCCCCUGCCUCACUUUAUGAUAAUCUUAGAGCUGCCAGGCUCAAAGCUCUGCUACCCUAGCACUGUAAAGCCCUUGUUCCUAGAAGGGAUUUUCCAGAGUCAUGGUAAAUCCCUUCCCCUCUAAGCAGGUGGAAGCACCAAAUGAUGAUGACUCUCAAUUUGUGUCAUUUAAUGAGGUUAAAUGGCUCCCUGAGCCAUGUACUUCCUGUAGCUUUCUCAUGUUCAUGACAGUAGUCAAAAAUGUGUUGUUUGUAUAUCAAUUUGCUGUAAAGGUAAACCUGGUUCUGAAUAUUAUGGAAGAGUUAAGUGAUGUGGAGCCUGAAGACUGAGUGAGAGAGGAUGGCAAGACAGUCUGGGUUGCUGAUUUACUUGGCUGCCUACAACAUGAUUCACUGGAGUCAGCAGGCUUGAGAGAACAGGCUGGCACAGUGGCUUAGAAAAUCAGAGAACAGCCAAGCGUGACAGAACUGGAUUGAAACUGGUUGGAUCAGGAUUUUCUCAAGACCUGUGGGGGUGCAAUGAAAGAACCAGCCUCCUGUCCACUGUGUCCAAGACAUGGGAGCAGCAAGGCACGCACCACAGAGAGAAGCAGGUUGGUUUAAAACAAAAGGAGCAUUUUGCUCACACAGCAUGCUCUGGCCUGUGGCGUCCAUAGCCACAGGAAGUCACAGAAUCUAACAAAAUACCUAUUUUUUAAAAAAGGGUAUGAAUACUUAAAUGGCCAAAACCAACAUUUACAAGCCAAGCAUGGGGUAAUCAAAUCUUGUGCUUCAGAAUGUAAACCGAUUGCCCAAGGUGUCAGAAAGGAAUUCUCUCUCCACUUAUCAUACAACUUCAUAUGACUGACCAGGUAUUGUGGGUUCUCAAAUUCCCUUUGAAGCACCAUGUGUAGGAUGGCGCUGAAGACAAAAUGCUGGUCUUGAGGGACCUAUGAUUUCAGUUGGAAUUGCAAAGCUAAUGCAUUCCUCUCCUGAGGAUGCAUCAGUAGACAAGUAAAAGGACUAAUCAGAAAAAUCUUUCUUAUGUAAUACCUUCAUCCACAAACCAACAGAAAACUAUUGGAAGAAUUGAUCCUAACUUGAUAACACACUCUGUCUAUGAUACUGCGCACACUUCUGCACAGUGCUAAACAGUCUAAGCACUCAGCUUCCCAGCCCUUCCCAAGGGAAGCUCUUGAAUCAGAUGGGAUGCUACUCAUGAAGGGUUAUUAAACCAAGUGUGAGACAGACAACGAGCCAAUUCCUCAGUUCUACUGGAAACCAAUUGUCACUCAUGUCAACAGGAAUUCUCAGAGAUCUGGAUCCUAACAGAAGGUGUUUUUUUAAAAAGAACAUUAAAAUUCAAAACACAGGAGAUAUUAAUCUGUUUUCCCUCUCCUUUUAUGAAGUCCAUACCUUUAAGAAUCUCUAACAGGAAUCCCAGAAAGAAUUCUACAUAAACUUUCUUGUGAUCAUAUUCCUACAAUAUAUUGUGGUCUGUGAAAGUUCAUACUAAAUUUGAAGUAAGGCCUACAUGAAGCAACUAUCAAGGUGUCCAUGACCUAGCAGUGAUCUAUAGAAAAGUCAUCUCAUAGGCUAUAAGUACCAUUAUUUGGUUUUAGAAUUAUUGAUCCUGUCUCCACUUUUCAGCCCCUCAAAGUAGGCAGUGAUGUGUAUUUUCAGAAUGCACACCAAAUGUCUUGUUCCAAUAUUACCGUACAUAUUGACAUUGGUUUUUUUGAGCUUUCUGCCAAGAUGAAUGUCUUCUAUAUUCAUCCACACUGUUUAUUCAGAGUAAGAAACACAGUUUCUUUAGCCAGUCUUUGUUCAAUAGCAGUUCCUGAACAAACUGACACAGAGUAAGAAAUUGUAAAUUCAGAUUUUGAGCUGGUUUAAGAUUAGCUUUUUCAUGAUCUACUUCAUCAUCUCUUGACUGCCAAAAGCUACACACGGUAUACGUAAUUAGUAAAUAUUGAAUGGAACUGAAAAUUGAAAAAUAAUAAAAAUAAAUUCAAGCAUAACCACAAAAUAGAAAUAUCUACAACAGGGAUGUUUCCAAUAUGAAAACUGUCGGGGUUUGGUUUUUUUCUUUUUCUUUUUAUGAUGUGAUGGCUUGAUUGGCAGAUUCCUCAGCUACACAAAGAACCUCAACUCAUAUCCCAGUGAGUUCAGUGGAAACAGGACCAAAUCCAGACUGAAAAACAUCUGUCCUUUAUCUCAAAUAAUAUUUUGUAUAUUUUAGGUUACAAGACCAUUCUGUCAUACAGUUCUCAUGCACAGCGUAUCAUCAUAUCAAGUAGCCUUGACUUUGAGAACCGUGUUUAACUGACAUUACUAUGCAGAAGAGUACAUAAUAAAGCACCAGAGAGAGGUACAAAGUGAAGAUGCUCCAUGUUUUAUCGUAAGUGAUUUGUACAGUAUUGCAGAGGGUUACAGAAACUAAGAUUUUACAUGACACCAGGUUCUGCCAUAAAAUUCAGCACACCAGGUAUUACAUUCAUAAAAUCUCUCCCCCAAGCAUUGUAGUUACUUACAUUGAAGGAAAGUCCAAUUCAGUUCCAGGACCAGGAGAUGGGGGUUUUUUAAUGGAAAAAAAAAAAAAUUUAACACUGAUUUUCAUCUCUUCCCAUAACAUUAAAAAUGAUGUGUAAAGCUCUGCUAAUCUGGUCUCUGGAUAACGCCCAAUCUCUUGCCACGUGUUUCUGUUCUGGGUCUUGCCCUACGGGAAUUUCUGUCAGCACAUGCUCAGGAAACAGUUAUACCCUUCACUUUGUCUUGGCUUUUUUUUUUAAGACGGACUUUAUCUGAAGUUUGGUGAACCUUUGCACUAAUCACUGCCAGGUGCCUCUGGCUAUGCUUCUGGAAUGCAAGGAAUCUUUUCCUUCUCUCCCUCUUUCUUCCCUUCUCAUCUUCCCCCCCUCUCCCUGAUAUAUAAUAAAUCCUUCAUUGCAGAUCACCUUGCUGAGCAUCAUUGCAUUUUAUUACCCUUUUCCAUAAACACUGAGCAAAAAAGUUACCGGGCUGUGGCAUGCUGUGACACACUGCCCUUCCACCAGGCCUCAGACCCUGCUCCGUGACUGCAAGACGGGACUCUGUGCUCCUGUUUUCCUCUUUUCUCACUGUGCUUGUGGGCAGCUGGUGUAGCUGUCUGCCGGGGCUCUAUUCCUGACUCUGCCGCUAGUGCAGUUUGUAACACACCUCUCUAUCUAAGCCUUUAAAGUUGGGCAUGUGAGGCAACAUCAGACUGUUCCAGGCUUCUAGAUAAAUGCAAGAUACUGUCUUUCAUUCAGAAUACUGCCUUGGAUUUCUUUAAUCCAGUUCUGCAUAAAACAUAACUCAGUAUUUUAUAAGGCAUUUAAUUACCUACACUAAUUCACAAAAUAUACACAAAAACUUUUUUUUUCCUGUGGUACAUCAGUAUCUCUAUGAUUGUUCUGACGCAAUACGUGCAAUUUCUGCAAAGCAUUUAAUCACAGUGAUCAUUAUGGGAACGGUGCCAAUCUGAAAGACAUUUUCAUUUAUAAGGUUUGUUCAAAUAAUCUUGAAAAUGAAGCUGAUGAAUCACUACAGUGGAAGCUGCUACAUGUAAGGGAAAUUAGAAAACUUAUUCUUGCUAACAAUCUAGCAGGGAAAUAUAUUUCAAAAGUAAAAAACCCUUAUUAAUGUGGUCAAAGAACUAUCAAAACGUAUUUAAAUAAAGAGCACUGCCUUAGGUUCAAGCGAUUGCCAGGAAGUCAAUUACAAAGACAUACGGGCAAACACAGAUAUCGUCUACUCAACAUUACCCAGCAGGUACU